AUGGAGGGAAAGUAUGAGAAAGAUGAGAAAUUGUCAAAACCAGCUUCGACAAUUCAUAAACGAGUCGAUAUCAAAUCCCAAUCCGAAACCGAAUCUAUGAGAAAGCAAAAGCUCAGAGAAAGUUGUUUGAGAAGAGUUAGAGCAGAUAGGACUCGUAUACUGUGGAAAUUGAGGCUCUCUGAUUGUCAAUCUUCAGAUCAAAAGGCGAUUAUCAAUUCUGCUUUCCAGGACAUUGUUUCUGAUGAGUUAAAGAAGAUCGAAGAUUCGUCGAGAAACUUCUCUGUAACGCCUGAUUCUGACGAUAUAUUAUGGGAAUAUGAAGGUGUAAAAUAUGAUUAUGAAGGUGAUAGUGAAGAGAUAUUGUUAGAAAUGCAACAGAUGUUCUACAAGGAUUUAUUAUCAGAGACUACCGUAGACGGACCAUAUGUUGAGAUCGAAGCAUGGGAAGACAAGGAAGAUGAGUACUUGGCCUCCUUAGUUUCUCAGAAUAUGCUUUUAAACAGUGAACAGGAGCGAAACCAGAUAUGGUGUCCGAUAUGCAAGCAAGGAGAGCUUAUGGAGAAUCACCGAUAUAUCUACUGUAACAUGUGCGAACUGCAACUGAACAAAGGCGAAGAGGUUAAUCUGAACAUUCUGCAAGAACGAUUAGCAGAAGCGCACUCUGAACAUCUCGAGAGAGGAUGCAGAUUGAAACCCGAGUUCAGUGUUCAGAGUCACUUUAAUUUAAAGGCGUUGUACAUAACAUGCGAAGCUUGUAAUUCCUUUGAGGUCGUUGUAUAA